AUGGGUCAUGAUAGUAAUAUUUUAUCUGAAGAAAAUUCUCAUAAACGUCAUGCAUUCAUCCCAUCAUUAACUCGAAUCGAAUGUAAUAAACUUAUUAAUUGUACUCGAUUUGUUUUACCAUCAAGAGAAUCUAAAAUACAAAAAAACGCUAAAUUUACAUUAGCUCGAUCAGCACCAGAUUUGACACCAAUAAACAAUAAAAAAACUAAUUAUGUACAAAUAUAUAAACCAAUCUAUAUAGCUCGUUAUACAAAAACUAUUAAAGGACAAUUUGUUUAUGAUGAAGGUGAUAAAUUUGAAUUAAUUGAGGAAAUCGAUGAAGAAUAUUUACAUGUUAUUCAUUUACGUACAAAUAUUGAAUAUAAAAUACAUCAAAAACGUUUACAACUUGAUCCUGAAACAUCAUUACGUUUAGGUAGUACUGAUCGAGGUGUUAUACAACGAUGUUUAUUUCAAUAUAACAUACCUGGUGCUUAUCUUAUACGUCGAAAAUCAAAAUUAAAUCAUAUAUUAUUUAAAUCAUUUCAUGAACUUAUUCAUAAUGAAAAUGUUCUAAAAACUAUACCAUUAUCAAUAAAAUUACCAUUUCGAAUUGAAUUUGAAGAAGAUCUAUGGCAUAUUCCAAGACGUCAUUUAACAUUUGAAUAUUGUAUAGGUGAAGGUGAAUUUGGAGAAGUAUGA